AUGUCCACCACCUCCCAACUCAUCAACGAGAUUAACAAUACCUACCACGCUAGCAAACAGGAAAAGUACAACACAUUGACUAAGCUAAUCUCGGUGAAUCCAGCUGAGAAUAGUUACAUAGUGUCCCUCUACAACAAUCCCUCACCGUGUCUUCUAAACACUUCCUACGAUAAAGACUGGCCAGCAUUUUCUGCUGUUGUGUCCAGUUUUGUCAAGCUUUGCACUGAGAUGGAUCCGUGGUCGCUUUUGCAGUCGUUUGAUUUAUAUACUACAUAUUUGAAUGAUUUAUCCAUUGCCUUUAACAACAGCAAAUAUGGAUGGCUUUUGACAGGAGUGCUCAAAUCAACUAUAGAGAUAGUAACACAAUGGGCAUUACAAUUGGAUACCCAGAUGUUUUUCAAAGAAAGUGGUGCUAAAUACCGAUUAAACUACAUAGCUAGUGUGAUUUUGAAAAUGUUCAACAAUAUCCGAAUCAAUUCAAAUGACAGAGAGUCGAUUAUGCUAUACCUUGGGAAUAAACUUUGUUUUAUUUAUUGGAAAUUGGACAACCCUUUGCUUUGUCGAAACAUAUUUAGUAAUAUGAACAAUACUAGCCUAAAGUUGGCGGAUUUUCCAAUGAAUGAGCAAUUGAAAUAUCGGUAUUAUUUAGCACGGUACUAUUUUAUCAAGUAUGAGUUGAUGGAGAGUUUUGAAUUGUUGAAAUGGUGUUUGCUAAGGACACACGGCAAGAACCAGCGAUUAGUUUUAGAGCUAUUUAUUCCCAUAAGCUUAGUCAUUGGCAAGACGCCAAACUUUGCCGCAUUCAAAAAAUACGACUUUAUUAACAUGUAUGAGGAAAUGUCGAGAUCCAUACAACCAGGAGAUUUAGCCACAUUCAGAUCCCUCGUGGCAAAAUACCAUCAUUACCUCAAGAGCAAAAGCCUUCUACUCUUAAUGAACAAGAUGGAGAUUUUAAUUUACCGGAAUUUGAUAAAAAACUGUUGGAAGAUCUUAGGAAGACAAACUACACUACCCUACAAUCUUGUGCCAAUCCCCAAAGAUAUCUACUUCAAGGAAAAUUUAUUUGUCACGUUGAUUGAUUCAAAUCUAAUCAAAGGCAAAUUGACAAACAGGUCAGUUGUGCUUAGCAAAAACGAUCCAUUCCCAAGAGUGUUUGACAUAUACAUGAAACGAUUCAAAACAAAACAUAAUCAAUGGAUGUAA